AUCCAAGCAUGGAGAGUCAAUAGAGUACACCAACGUGUCGUACAAAUAAUCGAAAAAGCACAAUACAACUUGCAUUUAUCCCCGCAUUUAUCACAACGAAAUAUAACGCCUGUCUAUAUAUAUAGGGCUGUUGCAGUGCGAGCUUUGGCUGUAUAUAGCCUUCAUUUUCCAUGUUCGUUUAAAAUUAGGAUUCACUUUUUUAUCCACCAUAAUAGGAUGUGAUGUCUUUCCAGAGGGUUGGUGAGCUAAUCAGUUCAUGUAGAUAGUGAUUGAAGUCUCCAUCUUUACUACAGGGCCUUAAAACCAGGGCCAUGAUGCAGACAGAAGCCAUGAAGUCAGUUUUAUUUUGGACCACUCUCAUAAUAGUGAUUUCAGCGGCAUGUGCUAUCAACUGUUACAACUGCGAAGGGGAUGAGUGCAGAGAUCCAUUUGACCCGGAAGGAAUAUCAACCACAUGCCCGGGGUCAUCGUUUCUACCAAACAAUUUCUGCAGGAAAACGGUUACUGCCACUGGGACCACGGUGGUUCGGAGCUGUGGAACGAACGAACGAAACGAAUGUACCCCAGGAUGCACCGAGAGUGAGACCUGUACCUACUGCUGUGAAUAUAAUCUCUGUAAUAGAGCAAUCACCAUGACAAUAAACUUUGUUGCAAUGGGAGUGGCUUCAGUGACAGCUCUCCUCCUAACAAGACAAUAGAGGAACUAUGUUGACGGUAAACUUUCUUUCUAUUGGAGUGGCAUCGAUGACAGCUCUUCUCUUAAACAGUCAAUAGAGGAAUCACCAUGACAAACUUUGUUGCUAUUGGAGUGGCAUCGGUGACAGCUCUCCUCCUAUAAACAAGACAAUAGAGGAACCAACAUGACUAUAUAGGUUUUGUUGCUAUGGCAGCUCUCCUAACCGGAUAAAAAAGAAUCACCAUGACAAUAAAGGUUUUUGCUAUGGGAGUGGCCUUAAUGACAACUCUCCUCUUAACCAGACAAUAGAUUAACAACCUUGAAAAUAAACUUUGUUGCUAUGGGCUGGGAGUGGCUUCGGCGACAAUUCUUGUCUUAAAAUUGUGUAAGUUUAGAGAUAGAAAAUAAUGUAAGUUCAAAGCAGCAAACUCAAAUAAUCCAAUCAAUCAACCGAAGGGGAAAUAAGUGAAACUAGGAGAAGACGCAAAUGAGUCGAAAGGAAACCGAAGAAAUCUUGUCAUGCUUGUAGUGCACUGCUUUAAUCUCUGGGCUAUUUUGCCUCAAUAAAACUUGAGAUCACAAUAAUAGUUAACAUAUUCAAAUCAAGUAAAGUCAACCCAAUAAGAACCCAAUUCAUAAGAUAAACCAAUAGGAGUAAGGAGAUGAAGAUGAUAAAGUUGCCUGGGUGAUUAUGUAAUAGUGGAAAUAGAAACUGAGGAGUCAGAUGAGGGAUGGAAUGAGUGGAACACCUGAAGAUAGAAUAGAAAAGGAAUGAAGAUGACAAAAGAGAAUCAGAGGAAAUGAAUUCAGCGUAGAGGAGAAUGAAUGAAAACUGAAUUGAAUUAAACUCAUCAGACUGCAAGGGCAGUACUGAAAAGAAAUGCAAAUGAAUUCAAGUCUAGACGGAACAGAAAUAUAAAACAGCUGAAAAACUUGAAACACAAGUUAUUAAAAAGGAAAUAGACAAAUAGGGAAAUUACAAAAUAACCAUCUUACAUUGCACAUUUGCACGGUAAAAAAAACAACAACAGUUGUUUGACAGUUUAACCACCUUCGGGGGCAGGGAGCACUUCCAUUGACGAGUGGAUCCCAUGCGCGACGAUGGGGUCUCGAAAAGCACCCUAAACAAAUAUUUUCCAUAUUCUGAAAAUGCACCUUUAACAAGUAUUGGCGUGUGAAACCCUACCCUUAGCAUGUAUUGGAAACAAAACGAUACCUUUGGCAAGUAUUCCCUGAACAAGUACAGCGAUAUUUUAAGUGUUAUAUGUCACGGACGUCAGUUUUUCCUUUACCUACAUAUACAGCCCCACCUCCAACACCUCGCGCAAAUCGGAAUCUACACAGCAAAAACUGUGGUGUUAACCGGUGUACAUAGAGGACCACAUCAGUUGUUUUACACCGGUGUUAAAUUGGUGGUGUUAGUUUUACACCCAUAGGUGUUAUUACAACACCUUUAGUUGUUACAUUUACACUCUUUGGUGUUAUGUUCAAUCUCUAGGGUGUAGUUUUAACACCUCAGGGUGUGGUCCUCUAUUAACACCAACUGGUGUCAGUUUUCACACCACAGUUUUUACAGUGUAAACACAUAGUGUUGACUCGCUGUUGGGGCAGAAAGUACAUCCUUUAUAAAACAUUUUAAUCUUUUUCAUACCCUCGCAAAUAUGACCCUGAACAUGUAGCUUUCCUAGCGAAAAUGGUUACCCUUUUUUAAUUAUUUUAGUUUUUUUGACACCAUUAUUACGUUACUACGGAACGUGCCCUACCUUGAAAAAGACAUAAUUUUUACGCGUUUUUUGGUCGCGCAUGGUAUCCACUCGUCAAUGUAAGUGGCCCCCGGGAACCAACCAUUAUUGAUUGAGAAUUGAAUAUUAUUCAAAUCUAGACUUUUUUGUUUAAGAUUUUGAGCACUUGUUUAAACAAUUUAAGCAACUACUGUAAGGUUUAUUGUAUAAUAAAAAGCGUUGUAUGAAGUAAGAAAAAAAAAACGUUGCUGUGUUCAAGCGUAUACCCGCCACAAAAUGUGUUUCAAGGACUCCGAGACACAAAAUUUGUACAGAUUUGUAUUCUUAUUGACAAAUAAAUUGAAUUUAUGUGGAAAUUGAUGAAAAUGAAUGUAAAAUAUUGAAUGAUUGCAUUGAUGCUACUGAAAUAAAAUUUCCUUUUUUUUAUCAGAAAGAUUAAAUGAUU